AUGGGGGUGACUUCAGAGCAUAACAAUAUAGACCUGAUGGGGGGUUCAAGCAGACCAAGUGAUGACGAUGGCCCUACCCCUCGGCCCAAUCUCGACGAGGCUGCUCUCAUUCGCAAAAUUGAUAUACAUGUAAUGCCAAUGCUGUUCGCCAUCUACUUUGUCGCGUUCUUAGAUCGAGUCAACAUCUCCAACGCGCUCACGAUGAGCAUGCCGGAUGAUCUGGACUUGUAUGGCGACCGGGAAAAUGUCGCUCUCCUGAUUUUUUAUAUUCCCUACAUCAUUUUUGAAAUCCCGUCUAACAUUGUGAUGAAGAAACUGAAGCCGCACAUCUGGCUGUCAGGCUGUAUCAUUGCCUUUGGUAUUGUCAUGCUUGGUCAGGCGUUUGUGAAGAGCUACAGCGGUCUGAUUGCAACUCGCUUUUUUCUCGGACUUGCGGAGUGUGGCAUAUUCCCGGGAAGCUUCUAUUUGAUCAGCUUUUGGUAUAAACGUGCUGAAGCCCAGAAGCGCUUCACCAUGUACUGGUCCUCGGUCAUCUUUGCCGGUGCUUUUGGUGGCCUUCUUGCCUCUGCUAUUGCCAAAAUGGACGGCAUGCGCGGUUUAGAGAACUGGAGAUGGAUAUUCUUGCUGGAGGGUAUUGCAUCCAUUCUGGUGGGAAUUGCCGCCUUGUUCCUCUGUGCCGAUUUCCCGCAGCAAGCCUCCUGGUUGUCGGAAGAUGAAAAGGCCGCGGUGAUAGCGAAAACCAGCAACUACGAGGAUGAUAACGCCUCAGUAACGAAAUCCGAUUUGUUCGAAUGCUCUAAAAAUCUUAAGAUGUAUCUGGGUGCGAUCAUGUAUUUCUGUAUUGUGGUUCCAAUCUACGCAUUCUCAUACUUUGCACCAACCAUAAUCAAGGCAAUGGGAUACGGAACUAUCCAGACCCAAUUACACAGUGUACCGCCAUUUGCUGCUGCUAUUGGACUUUGCAUUAUAACAGCCUAUCUUUCUGACCGAUGGGGCAUCCGCUACCCAUUUAUUCUCCUGGGUGAUCUACUGAUAAUUAUCGGAUUGGCCCUCAUGCUAACGAUGCACGGCACAGAACACUUUUCUGCCGAGUAUCUUGGUGUUUGCUUCAUCACUAUGGGCGCAUUCAGCUCCGGCGCCAUUAUUGUCUGCUGGGUUUUGAUGAAUAUGCAUGGGCACAAGGAACGGAGCAUAGGAUCCGGCUUCGUGAUUGGUGUUGGCAAUGCGGGUGGCAUUGUUGCAGUUUUCUGCUUCACCAAGGAUGACGCGCCAUUAUACAAGCGUGGAUACUGGAUCCUCAUGGGAGUGACGCUUGCCGGUAUAGUGAUAACGAUCUUAUACGGCCUAGUGGUCGCUCGUGAGCGCCGUCGUCAACUUCGGGCUGAAGACAAAGCCGACAGUGAAAAGAUCCUCUCCCUCUAA